AUGAGCUGUUUCUUCAUAUCAAUACUUCUGGCCGUGGGCCUUUCAACAGUUUCGGCCUUUCCGAACAAACAGCAAAGGAUAGUAGGUGGUUCGGCUACCAAUAUUGAGGUGUAUCCUUAUGCAUCGUCGUUAUUAUACUCUUGGAACUUAGUUAAUUAUUUUCAAGCUUGCGGCGGUGCAAUAUUAACUAACAGAGCUAUUCUAUCUGCGGCCCAUUGUUUUUUAGGUGAUACAACCGCAAGUUGGCGUAUUCGUGUAGGUUCCACAUGGGCAAAUAGUGGUGGUACGGUACAUAAUACGGCACUUAUCAUAAAUCAUCCAAACUACAAUAGCCGUACUUUUGACAACGAUAUUGCUAUUUUACACUCUGCCACGACUUUUUCAUACAGUAACAGCGUACGUUCGGGCAGAAUCGCGGGCUCCAACUACAAUCUUGCCGACAAUCAACCAGUACGAGCAGUCGGAUGGGGAGCUACUUCGGUCGGUGGUUCAACUUCUGAACAACUACGUCACGUGAUGAUCUGGACAAUAAACCAAAACAUUUGCAGAAGCCGCUAUUCUGAAUUGGGUGUCAUUAUCACCGACAGCAUGUUAUGUUCGGGAUGGCUCGACGUUGGGGGUCGUGAUCAAUGUCAGGGCGAUUCAGGCGGUCCGCUUAUUCAUAAUAAUGUUAUCGUUGGGAUAUGCUCCUGGGGAGAACAGUGUGCUCUUGCUCGCUAUCCUGGUGUUAAUACGCGUGUUUCACGUUUUACUUCAUGGAUUCAAGCUAAUGCUUAA